AAAAUUUUAGCCAGAACCAGACAGAAGAAAAAGUGUAUAAAACACUGCCAUAAAUAAAUAAAUAAAAACUGCUUCAGGCUUUUAACUCCACACAAUGAACAUAUUCGAUUACUAGAAAUUAGUUUCACAUAAAUUGAGUGGACAAUAGACGAACCUUGGCUCCUCGGUUUCCAAUUCUCUGCUUUCUCCGGCAACUAGCCGGUAAAUUCUCCUAUUUCAUAUAAUUAAUUUGUAUCCUUUCGAGAAAAAAAAGAUUUCUAUUUGUUUCCUGAGAAAAUUUAAGCAGACCACCAGCGAAAUCAAUAGCAGGGUCUCUCUCUCUCUCUUCAACGCAUAUGUUGAGACUGCGAAGCAAAGUGUGGAGCAGGAAGAGGCUGUCUAGGUGUUUGUGAAAAGGUAUUUGUGGAAAGGGAUUAGAUUCAUUGACCUCCAACAAUGGUGCAAGGCUUAUCUCUGAGCACUCUAACAGCCUCCAGAAACAGUGGGGUUUGUGGGCCAACCCUUUCAUGGAGGAAGCAUUUCAAACUGAUGAAGAAAACCUAUAUAACCUCUGCCAAUGAAAGACAUUGUGUUUGGCAUCAAUGCGUGAAAAGCAUGUUCUUGAAGGGUAAUCCCAGUAUAUUAAGGCAGCGAGAUAUGAGGGUCGAAGCUGGAUGGCUUUUUAAAGGGGGUGACCAGGAGUUGGAUGCAAGCUCAGAGAAAAGUGAGACUGCGAAUGAGGAUAUUUUGAUCUUCUUUUUUCAGCUGGAUCUUGCUACCAGAGUACAGUAUGCUCUAAACAUGGAACAGUAUGAAAUUGCACAACAACUGAGAAACAAACUGACUGAGGUUGAAGAAGAGGUCAUUAAGCAGCAAGAAGUAAAAAGGGGUUCAUCUUCAAAGAGCAAAGCUCAAGAUAAGGCUAUAACCAUCAUUCGUUUACGUGCAGAUAUGCAGAAUGCAAUUGACAGUGAGAAUUAUGGAUUGGCAGCCAAACUACGGGAUGAAAUUUCUGAACUAGAGGCAGAGUCCCUUGCUGCAUCAGCUAAAGCUCUGGCUUAUGAAAAUGCACAAUAUUCAUUUCGACUGGGGCAGAAAGUGAAGCAUAAAAUAUUUGGCUAUCAAGCUGUGGUGUGUGGAAUGGAUCCAGUGUGCUGUGAAUCAAGUUCAUGGAUGGAAACUGCUCAGGUUGAAAAGUUGCCUCGGGGUUCCACUCAGCCAUUUUAUCAGGUCUUGGUCGAUGUCCAUGAAGACCCCAAUCUUCUGGUGGCUUAUGUUGCUGAAGACAAUCUGUUGGCCCCUGAGCCACCAAACAUGAAUCGGUUUGAUCAUCCUUACAUUUCCUUUUUAUUCUAUGGGAUGGAUGCAGCUGGGGAUUUCAUCCCUGUCAAGCAACUGCGAGAGAAGUACAACAGGCCCCGACAUGAAAUACCCAUUGAUCCUGAAGAUGAGUGAUGCCUAAGAGCCACAUGCCUUCAAUAUACUCCAUUUUACCAAUUUAUUGAAGGAAUUUCAUUUUGCUCAGCCAUCUCCAUUUGUACAUUCCUUGCAGGCAGAAUUUCUUUAUACAUUAUAGCGAUUAGAGAGCUUUUUCCUCUGGUUUCAAAUCUCUACUUUAUUUGGGGGUGUUGGUCAAAUUUGCCUCAUUUUCCAAUGGAGAAGAAAUCAAGGCAAUGGAACUUGUGAUCUGUUUGUUAGCCUUAAAACUGGUACUUGUUUUUAGCAAUGGAGUUUAUCUUGUGAAAUUUCUAUCACCAAGAACAAAUAUGUUAGUGUGAUGGAAACAUUGACCCGAAAAAGAAAAUGUUGUGUGAUAGAAAACAUCACAUGAUAGAAGCUAGAGCUGGCAUCUUGUAAACUAGAGAUAAACGAUAAAAGACAUAACGUUUUGGUCUUUGUUGAA